UGGCAAUGAAAAAUAUGAAAUUGAAUGCUGUAAUUACUCCUUAAUUACACUAAUAAAUCUCCUUCUCUUCAUCUCCUACCUAUGUUAUAUAAUCACACAUACCUGAAAUCAUUCCAUCAUAUCGCUUUCUUCAAUGACAAUGGCGCUGCAAUUGCUCAGUAGCUUUCUUCCUCUGCUGCUGCUCCUCUGCUUCACCAACCUGACAAUGGCCGCCUACAACAUACUGAGCUUCGGCGCGAAGCCCGAUGGGUGGAGGGACUCGACGCCGGCGCUGUUGGCCGCAUGGGGAAAGGCCUGUGGAGACAAAAAGCCGGCGACUUUGGUCGUUCCCAAGGGAUACUUCUUAGUCAGUCGAGCUUUGUUUCAGGGCCCGUGCAAGAAUAACAACAUUCGCUGGCUCAUUCAUGGCACCAUCGUCGGAGACUCUGCUUACUCCGGCGCCUCCGAGUGGAUCACUUUCAAGUACGUGGAAGGACUGUCCCUCUACUCCGCCACAUUUGACGCUCGCGGUCAGUCUCUUUGGUCCUGUAAGGCCGCCAAUCGCAGCUGCCCCACCGGCUCCACGGUACCUCUAAUGACAGUCAUCUUCCAUUAUUCUUUUCUUCUAUAAAAAAGAUGUCCUCAUAGCAGA